CCGCUCCGCUUUCCCCGCAGUUGCAGGCUGUAAACAUGGCGACGUUUUUUGGUGAGGUUUUAUCAGUCUACUCAAGAGCAGUUGAAGAGGAUGAUGAGGACACGGAGGCGGAAAACGAGGAGGAUUUACAGAUCCGGAGAGAAAUUGAAGAGAAAAGAGAGGUUCAUGUCCGGUGGUGUCCAGAGGUUUCCAAAGCAGUUGAGAGUUCUAACAAGCUUCAGUGCUCCAAUCUAAUCAUAGCGGUUGGACCCAAUGCUGCAGGUUCUAUCUCAGCGUACGUGCUGAACUCGGAAGACUGGACGCAGGUGGGAUGGGUGUCGCUAUGGAAUGAAAGAAGUCGUGGGUCCACUCGGCCGGACGCCGCUCCUCUGCCAGGAGAGCCUGGCUGCAUCAUCCACCAGCAAAAGAGCUCUCCCUUUGUACUGAUUUGCCAGUGUACAUGCUAUGUUGCAGAAGACCAGCUGUUCCAGUUGGCUGAAAAGGUAUUGGGCAGCGUGCAAAGGAGAGGACUGAACGUGACCGUUUUGUCUGAUUUUCCACUGGCUGAUUAUAAAACUUCAGAUUACCUGAGUGGAAGCAGCACUCCGUUCUUACGGGCACUCAAGACCACAUCGUUUACAGGAAGCCUGCCCUGCCCGGCACUAGAACAGCCCAACAUUAUCACAGGACUACCUGCCGCAGUGCUCAGUCACUGCCAGGUCCAGCGCAUCCCGGCCGUGUGCUUCCAGUGCUUCAGUGAUGUCAUCCACCCAGAUUCAAUCACCAUGAAGGCGUAUGAACCUGCUCUCUCAUGCCUCAGCAAACUGGUGAAGCUGGAGGCCAGACCAAGUGUGGAAAGCUUGCAGAAAUUAACCAGAAUUAAUGACUCUCAGAGCAACCUUUACACAUGAAGUGAAGCAGUGAGCAUGCGCACUCACGUGUAUUCAUGUGUGCUGUACAUUUUAUUGCUAUUAAAACAUUGUGUUCUGUAGAA